AUAACAUUCUGGACAUUUUAGUUUCUAAUUUGUAAUGUAUCAAAUCUAAUGUUCACUAAAGAAAUUAUAGAAUAUAUAUAUUUAAUUGUAUGUGUGGUUGUGUCUUGCUUCACACGUUGCUGUGUUGCGGAGUGUUUAUUUAAUGUAUCGUGUUUCCGUGCGGUCUGGUUUGUCCGUAGCACCACAGAUACCAUGCUGGUUGUAUUUUGAACGCACACAAAUGUCUUUUUUUAUUCGUUUUUAUAUAUAUAUAUAAUUCUGUGAUUAAUAUCUAUCUGCAUAUUUGUCUGUUCAGCAAGUCGCUUUCAUAUUUUGCCAAAUGUGUAAGAAUAACACGUUGACUAGACGAGUUUUCAGGUUUGAGCAGUAAGUUAGUAGUAUUAGUAGUAGUAGUAGUAGUAGUAGUUGUAGUCAGGAUGAAGAUAAAACGACAGAAACAUGCGAAGAAGACGAUCAGUUUCUAUAAAUACAACUUUGGUUUUCGGGAACCGUUUCAAAUACUGAUCGAUGGGACUUUCUGUCAGGCUGCAUUAAAGAAUAAAAUCCAAAUCAAAGAGCAACUGCCGAAAUAUUUUAUGGGAGAGGUUCAGUUUUGCACCACUAAAUGCGCGCUGAAGGAACUUGAGACUCUUUCAAAAGACCUGUAUGGAGCGAAAUUAAUCCUGCAGAGGUUUCAGAUUCGGAGAUGUAAACACAAGGAGCCUGUUCCUGCCUCUCAGUGCCUACUGUCGAUGCUGGCAGAGACAAAUGCACAUCACUACUUUGUCGCCACGCAGGACAGAGAGUUGACUAAAGCUCUGAUGGAGAUCCCGGGCGUGCCCCUGAUCUACAUCGUCCUCAACACCAUGGUGUUAGACAAACCGUCAGCGUGUUCAGUGAAGCAUGUAGAGGCGGUGCAGCUGGGAGAGCUAGUGAGUCCUCAUCAGCAACAGAGCCUCCAGAGCCUGAAAGUCGAGCAGGGCCUCAGUAAAGACGGUGAGGAGCGGCGGGGCAAGAAGCGCAAGAGAAAGGCAGGCAACCCGAACCCUCUCAGCUGUUUGAAAAAGAAGAAGAAGCCAAUGGCACAGCAGCCCAAAAUGACAGAUGGAGAGAAGAAGAGGAGGAGCAGACACAGGAAGAGGAGCGCUGCCGGGCCGUCUGUCAGUGUCAACCCAAACCCCUCCAGUGCUCAGUUAUGACCCAUCUUCUGUAUAUCAGCUUAUGUUAGAGUCUAAAUGUAUAAGAAUGUCCACUAUCCAGAUUUUCUAAUCAAUGUCAAAUAAAGAAUUAUCAGUGUUACUAAAUUGUUUGUGAAGCUCAUGUAUGCAUUUAAAUACCUUCAGUAGAUGAUAAAUAUCAUGCUAGAAAUAUGAACGUUAGCCAUUUUAAUAUAAUAUAUAUCAUAUAAGCUCACUCAUCAAUUGAAAAUUUAGGCCACCAACCUGGAUGAUUUCAGCUGACAAUCCCAUCCCCUUUACAGAACCACUGAA